UCCCCGCCGCGCCCGCCAUGGAUCCGCCUGGCGAGGAGGGUCUGCGCAUGUACAUCUUUGCAAAAAAUCUCUUUGAGAUUGGCCACAUGACUGAGAUUGAGUGGAUCAUUUACCAGGAUUGGCACACUUUCCUCCUGCAAACCUUUGGGGACCAACUUGCCCUCCAUGGCUUUCUUUAUCUCCAGGCCCCUCCAGAGGUGUGCUUUGAGAGACUGCGCUGCCGAUCCAGGCCUGAAGAGAAGGAGGUCCAGCUAUCUUACCUGGAGCAGCUUCACGUCCAGCAUGAAAACUGGCUUGUAAAAAAGACUUCUGUGAGCCAUUCUGGAGCUCUAAGAGAUGUGCCUGUCUUGAUUCUGGAUGUCACAAAGGAUUUCGAGAAUGAUCCAAAUGAACAAAGCAAGCUUAUAGGCCAGGUGAAUUUUUUUAUGAAAACUCUCUGUUCCAAUUCUUCGCCUUCUAUCUCUACCACAGUCUGCAACUGAAGGGAGUUGGAUUCUGCAACUGAGAGCUGCUUGCUUAAUACUAAGGAAGCCAUGUGAGUGGUCUGCCUCUUUCCAUCCAGGCAGAUACCAAACUCCAGGCAGAUCAGAGAGCCUAGCAAAGGCUGCUGGCCCCAGUAGGAAGAAGAAGCCUUUUGGAGCUAUCCUAUGGCCAAAGGCAGGGGACCGUCCUGGGCCCAGCAGAGGGCCUUAGAUGCAUUCCUCAGGCUGCCUGGGACUGCAAGAAAGGUGGGCAACGUCUUUGAUGGACCUGCUAUCCGUCCUGCUGAACUCUGCCCACAGGAGUCAAACUGCAGCUGUGGACCAGCUUUGCCUGAUUAGCUCCCUCCCUUCUGCUGCUGAAUUUCUGGCACCCAUCUGACAUGGAGUUACAUCAUUACCAUCUUGUGCCCUUUAGCUCACUAUCAUCUCAUGAGUCCUGCUCCCAAACGUCUUUUCAAACAUCUCUUUUCCCAAGUCUUGAAUGCUUCUUGAGUGCAAGUGUGGCUCCUCACUUCCCUCUCUUGUGGCUUCAGCCAAAUUGGCAUGUCUAUUGCAUUCUCAUAGUAAAGGGAGAAAUCAUUUACAAAUAGGUUUUCUGGGUCAGGGUUUGUAAACUUACAUCUGAUUGAAUGCUUUGUUGGAAGUGAUGCUGCCGCAUGUUCCUGUAAGACUACUGAGUCACUCAUAGGCUUGCAGGGCAGCGUCUUCCCUCUCCUGCCUCAUCAUACUGAUGACUUGUUGGUUUUCUUUUUGUAGGCCACACUGACUUCCUGUUUGGUCUUUAUCAGGAGUGGUAACUGGGCAUUUAUUUUCCCUGUGGACCAUGACAAAACACUACACGUCCUGAAAUUCUUUUUGACUCAAUCUUGGGCUUUUGCUACACCUGGCAGUUGUUUUCUGAUCCAAAUAUUUGCACUGUCCCAGACCUACCUACUACACAAUCUGUGGGGUUUUGUGGACAAUUCUGAAGAACAAUUGGCCCCACCCUGUUGCUUUCUUCAAAGGCCCUAAAGAUGUGGUCUUGUCAGUGAGCCCAGGGACCCCAAAUUAAUUGCUUUUUUAGCCAAACGCUGCCUUUGUUAGGCACUGCUCUUGAUUAGGAAAGCAGGGCUGUUUUUCUGAAUUUCAUGUCCUGGGUAAUAAAAUGAACUGACUGAAAGUGUCCAGUUCACUGAUGCCUAAGAUCAUGAUGUGUACAGGUAGUCCUCGACUUAAGACCAUUCAUUUGAAAUUACUGUGGUGGGGAAGAAAGGGGCUUACAACCCGUGCUCAAAGCUGCAGCCAUUGUAGCACCCCUGCAGCCACAUGAUGGUGAUCAGGGCUCUUGGCAACCCACAACCCAGGGGGUUGGACUAGAUAACCUCCAAGCUCCCUUCCAACUCUGGUACUGUUACUAUCUUACCUGAAAGCUCAGAAAGUUGAUAGGGAAGGGACCUUUCUCUAUGCAGCCUGCUGCCUCCCCUCCCUACCCUGGGCUAGAGGGAAGGCUUUCUGCCUGGAGGAACAAAGCAUCUCUGCAUAGCUGCUACCUCCCCCACCCCCUUGGGCUAGAGAAAAAGAAUGGCUAACUUUCUAGUGCACCGCAGGAAGGAAGCCAGUAAACUGGACCAGUGCAAGGAAGCUUGGAUCAUUGGAAUGACCCUUUCCCUGGCCCAGCAGGAUGGCUCUGCAUGGAGGGAAGCUGCCUGCCCCUUUCAGCAGCAGCUCCUUCCUUCAGUUUAACCACCAUGCAGUCACUUAGCUACUGCACCUGGGAGGGCAGGGCCUAUUACAGCUUAGGACUGUUAUUCGGCAUGUUCCAUUAUGGUCAUAACCUGAGAACUCUAAAUCCAUUCUUCACAACGCUGAGUUUUCCCAUACAAGCAUACAAGUCCUUGACUUACAACCAUUUAAUGACUUCAAAGUUAUGACUAUAUUUAAAAAAGUGAUUUACUGCUGGUCUUUGCACAUGGUCACAUGAUCAAAUUUGGCUACCUGGCAAAUGACAUGCAUUUAUGAGGGUCCCUAGGGCCUCCCAAGAAGCAAAGUCAGCUGGGAAAGCCAGGUUUGCUUAACAAUCAUAAUUCAUUUAAUGUCCACAAUAAAAAAGCUUGUAAAAUUA